CCUUGUAGCUGUAGGCAUAAUAGUAUAAUUUUGUCCAUUAUCUCUGUAUUGUGAUCUAAUGUGUUGUUAUGAAUAUAGAUGCAAAGGAGGUUGAAGAUGUUUGUUAUUGCAAUUGGUUGUCCAUGACGUUGAUUGCGGUGAUAAUGAGUGUAUAGUGUCCUUGUGCUAAAUCAAAAGUAUAUUAGGCUUAUUUGUGGUUAAGUAUUUAUUACAGACUAAAAUUGAGAACAAACAAAAAGAAAACACCACUUCCCAAAGACGAGCUCUAAGGACUCACAGGGGUUUGACACCUCAGCUCAACUUAGACAGACAGAGAUUCAUGAAAGGUAGUAAGACCAAGAUUCUGUGAGGUUUGUGUUGCAUCAGAAGGACACGCCUGACCGAGAAACUUCAGCAGGGAAACAAGUUUUGACCCGCCUCCUUUCCCUCAGUACAAGAACAAUCCUUGUUUGACAGACCGGUAUGAAGAAAACCAAUUGCUGCGCCCUUUUAAAUCCAGUUCGGUCCUUAAAGUAGAUCAGUAACUCAACGAGAGACUGACUCCCCCUCAUUGUAUAUUGAAACGGGUACGUUUUAAAUCCCUCCCCUAACUACCUGACCCAAAUUAAAAGGCUGUUCAACACUUCCUCAAUUGGCUAACCAGUUCUUUGUGGUAACUCUUGUGUUUGAAUGUCACUCGUCACUGUGGGGUUAGCCGAGAUGAGUCAACCUGUGUGAAAGGAAAUGAUGCCGUCAGUAAUUACCAAAGUACUGCUUCGGAUGGUGGCUGUAGUGGUUGUGAUAAUCCUGGUCACAUUCCAUGGUAUGAAAUUCCUUUACGGUCCCAGAAAGCAGACCGGAUUGGCUCCCACUCGUCAGCUGAGAAUUUCACAUCGAAGGCUCCCAGGUCAGCCGUCCCCACCUGGUCCAUGCACCUGUCCCACUGGCUCAGUGCUUUUACAAGAACGCCUACCAAAGGACCAGUAUGAAGAGCUGGUGAAACGCCGUGAUAAGGAGCUCCAACAACACAAAGCCAGAACUGCAUCUGUAUUAUCCAGCCUGCUGUUUGCUUUACCUAACUCUCCACUGCAGUAUCCUAUCCAGGGAUUUAAAGUACCGCCUUUGACCAGAACUCUAAUACCAGGUUUGGCACUAUACCCCGAACAAAGAAGCAUCUACAAGGUGUCCUUGAAUGUGUCUAAAGGGGUCCUGACCACCGAGUUCGAAGGUGACAGAGUGAAGGUGCAAGGUUAUGGCGAGAGCCGACUCGUCUUGGAGUCCCUCAGCCUGGUGAUGCUCAACGACCUGCUGACUAAAGUGUCCUACACCAGCACCGAUUACCACAUACACACCGGAGACCUCGCAUUCUUCCAGUUUGAGGACCAUGAAGCCGUGUUUCCGAUUACCAUCAAACAGACCAGCCUCCCAGUCCUGUACGACAUGGGAACAGACAUCAGCUCUCAGGUCACCAUCACCACCAAGACAUUCCUGCGCUACACAGAACUCAAGAAGUUGUUGAGCAGCAUCCGAAGUUUCUAUAGCAACAUAAAAGUCAUCAUUGCCGAUGACAGCUUUGAGCCAGAGAACGUUACUGGGGAAAACAUUCAACAGUACAUCAUGCCCCCAGCACAAGGAUGGUUUGCUGGGAGGAAUCUGGCUGUCUCCCAGGUAACCACAAAGUACCUCCUGUGGGUGGAUGAUGACUUUCUUUUUACGGAAGAGACGAAGAUAGAGAAGCUGGUGGAGGUGAUGGAGGCCUUUCCCGAACUGGAUGUGCUGGGUGGAACAGUACAACGGAACCAGUUCUAUUUCUCUCUCAUAUAUGAGGAAGGAGAGGAAAUGGAUGGCGGCUGCCUUCACAGAAAGUCGCAAGGAAAAUUUAACCCACUUCCAGGUUACCCAGGAUGCUUUCUGGCCAAUGGUGUGGUCAACUUCUUCCUGGCGAGAACACAGUCCAUACGGAGUGUUGGAUUUGACCCCAUGCUCCAAAGGGUGGCGCACUCUGAGUUCUUUAUGGACGGCCUGGGCUCUCUACUGGUUGCCACGUGCAACCAUGUGUCAGUUGGCCAUCAGCCCAAAUCAACCAAAGGAGAAGACCACGCUCGCUACGCCAAAUUCAGACAACCUGAAAAGACAGACAGCGAGUUCAAACUGCAGCUUCACUUCUUUAAAAACCACUUGAAGUGUGUAAAGUAUGGAUAGAUGACUAAUUGACAACGGUGUCAAUUAGUGUCAAUACGUCACUUGUCUUUUUGAAACAUGGGGUAUAUACCUGGUAAUCUUUAUAAAUUAAGAUAUCUACACAAAAUACAUGCUUUUCCUGCAUGUCCUGUCCUUUCCGCUUGUCUGCAUGUCUCAGCUGUUUCAGCUCAGACCGGGUCCCAAAGUUGGGGGGUCUAAGUUAGCCAAUCACUGAUGAAGUUAAUGAGUGACAUUAUAAUUUCAGCAUCCUAAAAUACAUUGUGAUUUGGGCCAGCCAUUCGCUGCCAUUUUUGGGGCCUUUAUGCGACCAUCAACAGUGUGCUGACCUGCCCCGAACUCUGUACGAGAGAAGAACUUUGCCGGAGAAACUAGAGGUGAAACAGCUGGACCCAGAUCAGCCGGACCUCACAAUCAGAAAACGGACCGGCGUGAAAGCCGCACAUACAGCGCUUUAGUAGAGUCUUCUAUACCUGGGAUGUUUAGCUAGCUAGUUAGCUACAUGCUAACGCACACCGCGCGCAUGAUGUCACCGUGUUGAAGUUCUUGGUUACCCAGCUGCAGCGCACACAGGACUGCAGUGAGGACACAAAACCAGGAUGUGGAUGAAAACAGCUUCGUGCUCUCUAGCGCCCCCGUAAAAAAUAAAAAGUGCAUCUUCUUGGGAAAGGUUUUUCUACUUUAACCGAUUGACCUGGAACCUUUGCACACAGGUGCUUAUGUUUUUUUUGCUACUACAUUGGGUAUUGUAUGCUAUAAAGGGUACAAUUGUAAUGUGUAUGUAAUUUAGUACAGAUGUCCAGUUGAAAUGAAAAAACAAUUUAUUUGAUUUUGGUUGUCAAUGGUCUAAUUCUCAUAACCUGGACCUCACUAACGUUUGGUGAAAACGCUCUGAUUAAUUGUGGUGAUUUAAAAAAAAGUAAGUAUGGGCACAUUUGGAUCCCUGGCUGGGUAUUUUUCACUCUUCCUCGUUAUUUGCAUAGUUCGGUAUAUUCAUGUCAAGUGACUUAUUUCCCAGCAAUUCUUCAAAUAAAUUUAUUUUUUAUUUCUCUU